AAUUCGUGCACAGAAAAUAUAUACCAAACAUCAUAUUCACCUACACAAACAAAAACAACAACUCCGCCAUAUACUAUACCCCUUUUCGCGUUCGAACCAUUCCAUUAGUACAGAGGAAAAGAGUUUUCAUCACAACAAUGGGGCGUUGGGUCAAACCUGAGGUGUAUCCGCUGAUGGCAGCCAUGGCAUUUGUGUCGGGUAUGUGCGUGUUUCAGCUCACCAGGAACGUUUUCCUCAACCCUGAUGUCAGAAUAAACAAGGCUCAUCGGAGUGUGCCGGUGCUCGAUAAUGCUGAUGAAGGAGAGAAGUACUCGCAGCACAGCCUCCGCAAGUUCCUCCGCACUCGUCCCCCGGAGAUCAUGCCUGCCAUCAACCAUUUCUUCUCCGAAGACAAUUAAAAAGACCAUAAUAAUUACACAUCUUGAAUAAGUAAAGAACAGAUUUUACAUGUGUAAAUCAGAGUGUUGUUCUGUCUUCUCAAUGAAAGCAAGGACGAUUUUUGACA